AUACUAGCCUCAGACGCAGAAGACAUCUAAAUUCUCGUAAUAAUCGCCCUUUAUUACUUCAGGUAACUAUAAUCUUUAGGUAUUGAAAGCAACCCAACAAUUUUUCACAGAGAGAGAAGUGGAGGAUGUCUGUAGCAGCUCUCCGUUUGAUCCACUGCAGAAGAUUGAGCACAGCUGGGCCUCAUGGUGUGAAUAAAGUGCUUCAGUGGAAUCAUUUAAGAAAAAUAGCUAAAGUUACUGGCGCAGUUGUGUUUGGGGGUUGUUUAUUUAUUACUUAUGAAGUAGUCGCCUUAGAUAAGGCUGUGACCAUCGACACCAGUGCAAUUCUUCAAGAAAAAUACAAAUCCUACGUUUAUCUCAGAGCCACUCCCUCUGCUGAACAGGAUCAUCUAUCUGCAGAGUUCACACAAAAAACAAGAAAAGAACUUCACAGAGCAGCCAGAAGGUUUCUGGAGUUAUCCUCUAAGCUUCUUCUAAAGUCAUUAGAUGAGCACUUUAGUCACGUUGAUGCAGACCCACAUGAAGUUGGGUUAUGGGUUCUGCUUAAGAAGGCCCAAUCUCCUAACAAAGCCAUCAGACUUCAGGCUGUCCAGGAGCUUGCAGAAAAUCCCCACUGGCAAGAUUACCAGUAUCAGACAGCAGCUCAGGUCAUCGAUCAGCGGACAGUAGUUGGUCUGGCUCGAACUCCUCAAGUGGACCUGCGAUUCUUCCGACAGCCGCCUGCACUGCCUAAUUUAGAGGAUGGUAUGUCAGCAGAGGAUGCUCUACGGCAGCUCUUAGCGUCUCUUCCUCUGUCUGAAGUCGACAGAUGUGUGCAGUACUUCACCUCUCUGGCGCUUAGGGAGAGCAGUCAGUCUAUGGCAGCACAAAGGGGUGGACUGUGGUGUUUUGGGGGUAAUGGGCUUCCUUAUGCCCAGAGCCUCACUUCUGUUCCCUCAGAAAAAGUGGAGUCCUUCUGCCUGCAAGCACUUGUGCAGCACUCAAAGGUACAGAGUCACUGUGACCACAUAGUUGCAAAUGGAGGUCUGCAGAUUCUUCAGAGACUUUAUCAGCUCAGAAAGGAAUCCCAAAAGAUUCAGAGGAACAUUGUUCGUAUCAUAGGAAACCUGGCACUAAACGAAGGGAUUCACCAGGCCAUAGUCCAGUCCGGUUGGGUUUCCGUCCUGGCCGAGAUGUUGCAGUCUCCUCAUGCAAUUCAGGCGUCUCAUGCGGCUCGAGCUUUGGCCAACCUGGACAGGGAGACAUUGAGGGAGAAAUACCAAGAUGGCAUCUACAUCCUCCACCCACAAACGCGUGGCAACCAACCUAUCAAAGCAGAUGUGCUGUUCAUCCAUGGGAUUCUAGGAGCAGCUUUUAAAACAUGGAGGCAGAGGGACCGCAACACACUGGGAGAAGAAAAUGAAGCUGAAGAUCUAGAUGAUUACACAGAGUGCUGGCCAAAGUCUUGGCUGGCAGCUGACUGUCCAAACCUGAGAGUACUGUCUGUGGAGUAUGACAGUCAUCUUAGCGACUGGAUGGCUAAGUGUCCUGCUGAGAAUCAAAGGAAGUCAUUGGCAUACAGAAGCCGGGAGCUGCUAAAUAAAUUAAAGCUUGCAGGAGUUGGAGAAAGACCUGUGGUCUGGGUGGCUCAUAGUAUGGGAGGCCUGCUUGUGAAGAAAAUGCUGCUGGAUGCAGCUGAUGACCCAGAUCUGCAGGGAUUAUUGAAGAACACUAAGGGAGUUUUGUUCUAUAGUGUUCCUCACCGUGGCACCUUCAUGGCAGAGUACUCUGUCAAUGUCAGAUACCUCCUUUUUCCCUCUAUAGAAGUCAGGGAACUUUGUAGGGACUCACCAGCCCUCCACUGUCUGAAUGAAGGCUUCCUUAAUUUUGCCAAAGAAAAUGAAAUCAAGGUGCUGAGCUUUGCAGAGACCCGGCCCACCAUCAUCGGCCCCAUGAUCAAGAUUCUGGUGGUACCAAAGCAGUCAGCAGACCUCGGCCUUGGGGAGCUUAUUGAGGUGGAUGUUGAUCACCUCAACAUUUGCAAGCCAGAGAAGAAGGACUCGUUUCUAUACAGACGCAGUCUGCAGUUCAUCCAAGAAGCACUGCAGCGUUUCAUCAGCCAGUGACUCAAAUACAUAAGCACAAAAAAAAUGCAGCCCAGUAUGCACUUAAAACUGACCCUCCACCCUUAAACCUAAAACGCCUUUCCUUCUUAUGGCACAUUAACAUAGGCAUCUGCCAAUCACUAAUGUGAGAAGUGAAAUGAAACCUUUUUUUACCCAUUGAUGUCUGAAAAAACCUGACCUGUGCUAAAUAAGUUGGAAUUAUUUUAUGUGUUUAUUUCAUGUAAAUUGGACACAUUCUGAUGGGUUUAAUUUUUACAAGACUCCAUUACUUUGUUUACAACUAAGCUCAUUCUUGCACAUGCAGCAAAUUAUUCUAAGCUCUAAUAAUACAUCUCAGUGAUUGGGACCAGAAUAUUGAUUUUAAAUGUAUUUUUAUAUUUAUAAAUUGUACAGAUUUUGUGCCAAAAUGCGCUCCCUUCUGAGCCCGACUCCAGUAGGCCCUGAGCUAUCAGAUCAGCUCUCCUGGUGUUUUUGAAGUCUAUUCAAGUUGGAUUUGUGGCACAAAAACUACUAUAAAAAGCAGAUUAAUGACAAUAAAUGUUAGAAAUGAGUGAAGCUGGAGAAUUGUUUCCUUUUUUUUCUUGAUGCACCACUUUGGACCUCUUGUACAAUAGAACUGUCAUAAGAAACCUGCAGUGUUGGUGAUAACAGCAGGAAGUAAACACACCUUUGUCUAUUAA